UAAAUACAUGUGCCCGACUCAACUGGGAUCAUUUUCUAUUUCUUCGAUCCUUCACUCUGAUUCCAAAAUUCUCACUUUAAUUCUUCCCCAAUUUGUUGCUAUUAUUUUCGAUUUUCCGAUUCAACUUCAGGUGAUCACCGAUCCUAGCACUUCGUUUCUCAAUCUAAGUUUCUUGCCUGAAUCUUGCUUUGUCGCAUCGUCGACGCGAUGUGUAAAUGGAUGGAAUGAAUUUGGCGUUUAUUUUCUGCUGAGAAGCGAUAUUGGAAAUGCGAAAUUAAGAGAGAGUAAUGAAUUCAGGGCGCUGUGUGUUGAGUUGCAUGUGCAUCUUGGGGACUGGUUUUGCUGUUGCUUAAAUUCUUGAUCAAUAUUUUUAUUUAAAGUCAUUUGUACAAAUGAAUUGAUUGUGAUUUGAUCAGAAUGAUUGUCGAGUCUUUAUCAUCCAGCUGUUUAAGGUGAAUGCUUGCGAAGUUUCUUCUUAAGACAAUGAAGACAGGAUCUUCUUUAAAUCCUAACGCAGCUGCCUACGUUCCACUUUUUAAAAGAGGUUCUGCUGAUGUAAACAAAGAGUUUGGUUCACCUGAAGAGUUUAACAGUGAGAAUGAGGUUGGCCAAUUUGGCUAUCGUCAAAAUGUUAUUCUACGUCAUUCCCAGAUUGCUGGUGCUCCCCAAACUGCUGAAUAUCCGAAAUGGAAAUAUAAUUACCGUGAUGAAUAUGUUGCUUCAACGUCACAAUACCCGGAGAAGCCAGGCACUGAUGAAGACUCUGACAUCGACCUGACGUACAUGCAAAUGAACUUUCCUGGAAUAUCAUUGGAGUCUCUUUCUGACGUUUAUCAAGCCAGCGGAUGUGAUUUGGAUUCUGCAAUCGACAUGGUACACCAACUUGAGAUCAUGCAUGUUGAUUCAUCAGAUAAGCUUCCCGAUACACUGGACAUAGGCGACAUACCUGAUUCUGCACCAGUCAAAGCACCACUGGAAGCAAUGAAUGCAACAAGUGGAGCUUCAACAUCCGUCUCGUCUGACAUUCCUGCUAAGAGCUAAUCUGCAUACAUAUUCUGAAUUUAGCACUUUUAUGGGCCCUUUUUCCUUUUUCUAUUUGUGAAUGUGGCUAUGAAUUUCUGAACCGGGAAAUAUCCAUUUUUCUUCUUUUUAUAAGCUGGAGAUUUUGUGUGUGCAUAAGUCGUGUUUGUUCAAAAUUAACUGCGUCGUUUCUGUUUUGGAUCUGGGAACGCAAAUUGUAUCAUAUAAACAUCGAUUGUUCUUGUUCAAACAGAAUUUUUUCUGAUGAGAUUGAAUCCAUGUUUUUCAGUCCAAA